ACCUUUUGAAAUGACCAUUCGAUUUAAGAAGUCAUUAGUACUAAGGUGCAGUCAAAAUUUGAACUGUCCACUGUCCAGUGCUAUUUCAGAAGUGAACGUGUAGAGACGCGAGUGAAAUGUCUAGUUUUAUUCUAAAAACUUUCUCGUUUAUUGUAUUCUCUUAUUAUGUGGAUACGGCGAAUAUACUCGGCUUGUUUCCGCACACAGUGAGAAGCCACCACAUGGUUUUCGAACCAUUUCUAAGGCGUCUUGCGGAAAGAGGCCACAAUUUGACGGUAGCAUCAUUUUUCCCUAUGCAAGAUCCACCGCCCAAUAUCCAUGAAAUCAGCUUCCAAGGAAUAUACGAGAUAAGGCUCGAGUCCAUUGACAUAAACGACUUUGAAAACGAGAAUAUCCUGUAUAAAGUUCCAAUAUUAGGAUGUGUUGCAAAACAAAUACUGCCACUGCAACCCUUCGCGAAUGCAGCGUCAAAAAUUUGUGAACGUUUAAUAGAUCUUCAACCGCUAACCGAAGCUUUGAAAGGUCAUUACGACCUGGUUAUAGUGGAGAAUUUCAUGGGCGAUUGUGUGCUGGGAUUAGCUUAUGCACACGGGAUAAAGGCGCCUAUAGUUGCUUUAGUGUCCGGACCACGUAUGCCAUGGACGAUGGAACGAGUCGGUGCUGUCGAUAACCCAUCCUACGUUCCCAUUGUUACAUCUGCUUUAACAUCGCAGAUGUCUUUUAAAGAGAGACUGGAGAAUACUUUAUCGAGCAUUGGUAUACGUGAAUGGUAUAACAGAGAGAUAUUGAUAAAAGAAAGAAGGAUUUUGGAGAAGAAAUUCGGUAAUAUUCCGGACUUGCGUGAGCUUGGCAAGAAUAUGUCUGUGAUGUUAAUAAACUCGUUUCAUGUGCUGAGUGGGGCCAUGCCUUUAGUUCCUGGGCUGGUGGAAAUUGGAGGGAUGCAUUUAAAAACCGAGAGGAAACCUAUACCGAAAUACAUCGAGAGGUUCCUGAACGAGUCGGAGCAUGGCGUAGUGGUAUUCAGCCUCGGGUCUCACAUAAAGACCAUGUCCCUCCCAAAGUACAAGGAGGAGAUCUUAAUCAAUGCCCUCUCCAAGCUGAAACAGAGAGUCAUUUGGAAGUACGAAGCAAGCGGGGAGCAGGGCAACUUAAUUGGGAACAUCCUGAAGGUCAGAUGGCUACCGCAAUAUGAAUUGAUACAACACAAGAAGGUUGUCGCCUACAUCUGCCACGGAGGGAUGUUGGGCAUGACGGAAGCGGUGUCGGAGGGCAAGCCGAUGGUGGUGAUACCGUUCUUUGCUGACCAACACCUCAACGCUGCCGCCGCGGCUGAAGCUGGGAUAGCAUCAGUGGUGUCAUAUACUGAUUUGACGGAGGACUCUUUGACUACAGCAUUGGACGUCGUGCUGGGCGAGAAAAUGGUAGCAAAAGCCCGCCAAGUGUCGAAGAUGUGGCACGACAGAGAAUCAUCUCCCCUUGACACAGCUAUCUUCUACGCAGAAAGAACGAUACGAUGGGGCCACGAUGCGAAACUUUACUCUACGGCAAGGGACCUACCUUUCUACAAGCUAGCCCUAAUAGACGUUGCGCUAGCAAUCAUAUUCGCCGUUGUCGUAUUUUUAGCAAUCAUAAUCUAUCUAUUAUUGAAGGUAUUAAAACUAGUAAUAAGAGAACCGAAAGUGAAAGUAAAUUAAAUUGAGGCCACAUAGGAAAUUCGCAUAGCCUUAAGCAUAAGUUUUGAUAAAAGUAUGUACUAGAACUAGAUUAAGUCACGAAUCUCGUCUAAUAAUAAAUUUGAAGGAAAGGUCACAGAUAAAGGCUGCCGAUUGCCGAAGACAGUUUGCAAUACUUAUUCGCCAUUGAAAUCUUUGUGUAAUUGAAUUUAAUAGAUAAUAAUUACAUGUCGUGCAGGUGUCGGUGCACUUCUUUUUAUCAAGGAAAUUUCCUUGACUUUAGAUAUAACGUAGUUAGUAGCUAUUUAACAGAAACUUCGGCCGGAGUUAGGAAGUUAGCGAUGUCAGCCCCCGUGCCUUGGAGAGCACGUAAAGCUGUCGGUCCCGGUUAUUAUAACUUCAUUGUAGUAAU